AUGGUGGUUCUUGAGAAAAGCCCUAAUUCCAAAAUUGAAAAUGGCGAGGGUUCUAAUAGCAAGAAGAAACGAAAGAGGAACAAGAACAAGAAGAACAGUGGAGAGGAAGAGCCUGAUCUGGUAGCACAGGAAGUAGCAGAAAUCAAUGACAGUGAGAAGGAAGAGGAAGUUACAGCGGUGAAAGAGAAGAAAAGGAAGAGAAAGAAGAAAGAGACGAAAGCUAGCGAAGAAGAAAAGGAAAACACAGAGACAGACGAUAAUAAUGAGGAUGAAGAAGGCGAAGAGGGUAUGCACAUGGAAGAAAAGGCGGAAAAGGAGACAGAGACAAAGACAAAGAAGAAGGUGAAGAAAAGCGGUGGUGACUCUGGAAUCAUGAGUAGCGAUUCAUUUAUUUCUUUGCCCUUAUCCGAACCAACAAAGAAAGCUAUUCUUGAUAUGGGUUUCCAGUACAUGACUCAGAUUCAAUCUAGGUCAAUUCCUCCACUUUUGGAAGGAAAAGAUGUUCUUGGAGCUGCAAGAACAGGUUCUGGGAAAACAUUAGCCUUUCUUAUCCCAGCAGUCGAGUUGUUAUAUCAUGCUUGCUUUGCUCCUCGAAAUGGAACUGGUGUCGUUGUCAUCUGUCCAACAAGGGAGCUUGCAAUACAGACUCAUACAGUUGCAAAGGAUCUUCUCAAGUAUCAUUCACAGACUGUUGGAUUAGUUAUGGGUGGUGCAGGAAGAAGAACAGAGUCUGAGCGUCUUGUGAAAGGAGUAAAUUUAUUGGUAGCUACCCCUGGAAGACUUCUUGAUCAUCUUCAGAAUACAAAAGGCUUUAUUUUUAAGAACCUAAAGUGCUUUGUGAUUGAUGAAGCUGACAGAAUAUUGGAAGCAAACUUUGAAGAGGAAAUGAAGCAGAUAAUUAAAAUCUUACCCAAGACAAGGCAAACUGCUCUCUUUUCUGCAACUCAGACAAAAAAGGUUGAGGAUCUUGCACGCUUAUCAUUCCAAACUACUCCAGUGUACAUUGAUGUAGAUGAUGGAAGGACAAGAGUGACAAAUGAAGGAUUGCAACAAGGCCGGAACCACCACGAAUGUUGCAUACCCCGACUAGGUCUCGCUAUGGUAGACAUGACCACACCUGAUUACAAAUCAUACCGUAAACCCACAAAAUAA